AUGCAGAGGUUUCGUGACGUGGUCCAUAGUCAGUGGGCGGCUUGUGGCCAUUUUCUCCAUAAACCUCUCGCACUUUCUCGGAAUCUGAUUCCCACACGAGAACAUGGCGGCUAGAUUCUUGCUCCGUCGGAGUUCUCAGAUCCUCCGAUCUAUCCCAAAGCAUCCUCAAAUCUUCGAAUCUCCUAAACCAAUACUCCACUCGUUGACCACCGCCUCACCAGAUCUCUCGCGAAUCUCUUCCCCCACCCUCCUCCGAUCUCUCUCCACCCUCCGCCGCGGCCCAACCCGGCCCAAGAAGAUCGACAUAGGAGCCAAGGCCCGUCAGAUGCAGAACCGCCGCCUCUGGACCUACGCGCUAACCUUCAGCUGCAUCGCGGGCUUCGUGGUGAUCGUCCUCAACCAGUUCCAAGACCAGCUCGUCUUCUACCUAACCCCCUCCGACGCCAUGGAGAAAUUCGCGGCGAAUCCGACGAAGAACAAGUUCAGGCUCGGAGGCCUCGUCCUCGAAGGCAGCGUCGCGCAGCCCGCGGCGUCUCAGGAGAUGGAGUUCGUGAUCACGGAUCUGAUCACGGAUAUUCUGGUGAGGUACAAAGGCUCGUUGCCUGAUCUGUUCAGGGAAGGCCACUCUGUUGUGGUGGAAGGUUUUAUCAAGCCGUUUAGUGAUGAGGUGAGGAAGGAGGUGUCGACGAAGCCUGUCUCCGGGAAGGCGAGGGGGCUUGAUUGUUUCUUCUCGGCCACGGAGGUUUUGGCUAAGCAUGAUGAGAAGUAUAUGCCUCAGGAGGUUGCGGCGGCGAUUGAGAAGAAUAAGAAGAUUAUUGAAGCUAAUCACGCGAGUGAAGAAGCUGCUAAGGUUGCUUCUUAGAUGGGUAUUGUUCAUGUUAUGAAAUAUAAUUGAUUGUUAUAGAUUCCGGAGUAUCAGGGAUGUUUUUGUUUCUGGAAAACAUUGAUUUGAUUUUGAGUAUUUUUGAGAAAUAGGAGGAGGAAGGAGAUUACACUAAACUAGAGCUUUGUUUGAUUCCACAAGGCUUGAGCUAAUCUGUUUUCUUGUUAUAUUUGAUCAAAUAAAGUAAACACUUUCAUGAGGGAGUGCUUGGCUCCUCGUGUUGUU